AAAUCUGUGAAGAUGAAGUUUGAGAACCUGUUGGCUGAGGUUGGGGGUUUCGGAAAAUACCAGAUCAUUCUCCUUGUGCUUUUGGUGAUUCCGCGAGUCACGCUGCCAUUUCACUUCCUGUUAAACAACUUUAUUGGUGCCAUACCAUCUCACCACUGUGACAUCAGCUCUCUGGAUACUGAAGGAAUCUUUGGGAAUCUGAGUGGGAAGGAGAAACUGACUAUCAGUAUUCCAGUGCAGAAAGAUGGGACUCCUGCUUCCUGUCACAUGUUCUCCUAUCCUCAGUUUCACCUGCUGACAAACAACACAAACACCUCAGAGCUUCCUGUAGUGGAGUGUCAGAAUGGAUGGGAAUAUGACAACAGCACAUUCAAAUCAGCUUUGGCUACUGAGUUUGAUUUGGUGUGUGACAGGAGAGGUCUCAGUAAAGCCACAGCCACCAUCUUCUUUAUUGGUGUGAUGGUUGGAGCGGCCAUUUUUGGCUGGCUAAGUGACAGGUAUGGUAGGAAACGCAUGCUUAUGGUGUCUUACCUGUCAACCAGUGUCUUUGCUAUAGCCAGUGCACUCUCUCAGUCCUUCAUUAUGUUUGCUAUAAUGAGAUUUUUUACUGGAAUGGGCAUUACAGGAAUCAGCAUCAUCUCCAUUGUCCUUUAUGUAGAAUGGGCUGAUAUUGCACACAGGACGAUGGCCGGAGUGAUGAUCAGUCUCGAUUGGUCUGUCAGCACUAUGAUAUUGCCUGGCAUUGCUUACUUCGUCAAUGACUGGAGGUCUUUGAUUGUCACGGUAACAGCUCCCCUAGGACUGGCUGUAAUCACAUGGAGGUGGAUACCAGAGUCAGCACGAUGGCUUAUAGCCAAUGGGAGAUUGGAAGAGGCUCAUCUUUAUCUGAGCAAAUGUGCCUCAACAAAUAACAGAGAAAACAGCUUCAAAGCUAUCAUACCACAGACCCUUGCCAAUGUUAUAAUUGCUGAGAACAAAGCAGACAGGAAGUACUCAUAUCUGGAUCUGGUAAGAUCUCCCAAGAUGAGGAAACUGGCUCUGCUCACAGGAUUAACCUGGUGUGGAGUAGCAUUCACUUACUACGGUAUCAGUUUGAACAUAUCUGACUUUGGACUGAAUCUGUACCUGACCCAGUUUAUUUAUGGUGCCAUAGAGAUGCCAGCAAAACUGGUGGCCUAUCUGUGCCUAGAUAAACUGGGCCGCAGAUACAGCCAGGUGGCUACACUGAUUGCAACAGGGGCAUGCAUUGGCAUCACCGUCCUCAUUCCUAGAGAUUUGUGGCUCUCUCGUACAAUUGUGGCUGUGCUGGGUAAAGGGUUCUCAGAAGCCACCUUCACAUGUCUUUUCCUAUAUACAACUGAGCUGUACCCAACCGUGCUACGGCAGAACGGAUUAGGCUAUAGCUCAUUUUUUGCCCGUGUUGGUGUGUCUUUUGCACCUCUUGUGAGCCUCCUGGGUGAGGUCUGGCACCCUCUGCCAGAGGUCCUGUUCUGCACUGUAGCCCUCACUGCAGGCCUCCUCGCGCUGCUCCUGCCUGAGACCCACAAUGUGCGGCUUCCAGAAACUAUUGAGGAUGUUGAGCAAACUCGGAAAAGAUCCAUAUGUUCACCACUUGACUGAAUCCCAGCUUGGAAGAUCCCUAAAAGGAGAGAAAAUAAAUCUAAUCUGCAGCGUAUGAACCUAAUAAAAAAUUGUUGAAUUGUU